AAGUCUACGAUACCAAUAGAUGCCACUUAUCUCACCUUGAACGCCGACCUUUCAGAAUGCUUAGUUACCUUAUUUUUGUACUGUUACCUAUUAUAACUUUUGGUUGUUGUCCGCCAAAGACAUGGACAUCCACGAAUUUUGUAAAUUAUGCCAGUGGUCAGACCCAUUUAGAGAUUCUUCAAGAUAAUUAUAUGGACAAUGGUGUUGCGGUUAUCUCUCAAAAUGUAACUACUGAUCAAGGAAUGGCACUUAACCAAAAACUAUAUGCCAACUUUACUUCGGGCAUGCAGUAUGUAGUAGAUAAAAACGGAUCCUGCAUGGGAUUAAACAUUACUAAUACUGGUAUUGGAGAAGGUUGUCUCCCCGAUGAUGCUGUAUUUGCUAAAUCUUACAUUGGUGUUGGAGCAAAUAAGAUAUCCGUCACCAUGUACAAUAUGAAGACCGAUGUCUAUAAUACAUAUUUUACUGUAAUUGAUGAUGGAUGUAUACCAUAUUUGUACGAAUCAACUGGUACUUUACCUAAUGGAGAGGGCGUUAAAAUGACUGUAGAAUAUUUCGGAGUUAUGGCUGCAAAAUCAGACCCAAAGAUGACGAUGUUACCAGCUAGUUGUAUGAUGUAAAAACAUUAACGUUCCUGGAAAUGAUAAAUUAACUUGUUUUCGUUUUAUGAAAAACUUGAAUAAAUUUCGUGUGGUUUGUACAAAUGUUUUUCGUUGUAAUUAAAAACUGAAUGUUGAACAUUAAACAAACUACAUCUAUUAAUCACCAUAGCUUCAUAGGAGUCAGUAUGGCAAUACUUAUAAGAGAAUGUUUUUAAAUACUCAGAAUCUGUUCAAUAAAUUUAAUAACUCAGAUUUAAGAA